UUCUCACCUCCUGGACGGGGAGAGUGAGGCCCGUGCAGGGGAGGCGCCAGGCCCGGGACGUGUCGUGGCGGCCCUUGCCGAUGCCCAGGACACCAGCUCCGGGACGUGGAAUUCUGCGGGUGUCAGCCGUGAACACGUUAACCCACCUCUCAGUCCACUCUGCGUCCCUAAAGAUCCAGUAACCAGGACUUCGAAUUGGGGCCAGCCCCAGAAUGGAGACUCGGGCCAGGGAUAUGGGGCAGGGAGGAGUCCCUGAGGCUGAUCCCUGGGGAACCGCCAUGGGCCCCUAGGAGAGGCCUGAGAUGGAGUCGAAUGCCCUAACGGAGGACAAAUCCGGGAAGCGCCCCUUGCAGGAGGGAAACCUGUGUGGAGGGGCGGCCGGCGGCAGGACGAGUGCCCCUGGCGCGGGUUCCCAGGGCUGCGGUCUAAGCGUGAGCCCUAGCCCCACGACCCGUCAGAGCUCCGGAGCCGGACGACUUGUGUGGGACCCGUGCGGCCCCGCCUCCUCUCAGGACCCCGACCGGGUCACCCCCGAGGGCCCGCACACGGUGGACAGCCCCUCUCGGUGCCCGGCUGGUCUAAGUGCCUGCAGCCAAAACUCCUAUCCGACGCGGCAUCUCAGAGAGCUCCGUGAGGAGCAGCCUCCUGCAUGUGACCACUGCGGCGGCCAGGCAUUGCCUCGGAGCUGUCCUGGGGGUCAGCCGCGUGGGGUCCUCACAGACAACCGGCCAGGCGAACGAGGGCCGGGUGCCCAGACCUUCCCCUGGACCAUGCAGCCGAGUCCCCCGCAGCGGAGCCCCUCCGUGGAGCAGCCCCAGGCGUGCGAGUUAGGGGAGUGCAGCGACGUCUUUGCCUGGAGGGCUCCUCUGGCCCCGCAGGAGCAGAUGCAGGCGGCAGAGGAGCCCCAGCCCUGUGGCGGGUGCGGGAAGCACCUCGGCCUCUCCAGGCAGCAGCAGCAGGGUAGCGCCACGGGUGAGGGCCCUCUGAUGGGUCCCGAGUGCUGUCAGGCCGCAGAUCCUCGCGCCGGUGCCCGGUACCCCCCAGCCCAGCGGCUAUACACGUGCGACGAGUGUGGCAAGGCCUUUACUCGCACCUCGAGCCUGCUGCAGCACGAGCGCAUCCAUACGGGUGAGAGGCCCUACGAGUGCGCCGAGUGCGGCAAGGCCUUCGUGCGCUGCUCCGGCCUCUACCGCCACCAGAAGACCCACACGUCCGAGCGGCAGCGUCGCGGCCUGGUCCUGGCCCAGAGGGCCUUCCUCUUGGGGUGCUCAACCUGCGGGGACUGUGGUGAGGGGUGCCCAGGGACCCAGCGGGUGCCUACCUCCACUGAGGAGAAGCCCUACAAGUGCACCGAGUGCGCCAAGGCCUUUGGCCUCUUCUCGCACUUUGUGGAGCACCGGCGUGUGCACACAGGCGAGAAGCCUUAUGCAUGCCCCGAGUGCGGCAAGGCCUUCAACCAGCGCUCGAACCUGAGCCGCCACCAGCGCACGCACAGCAGCGCCAAGCCCUACGCGUGCCCGCUGUGCGAGAAGGCCUUCAAAGGCCGAUCAGGCCUGGUACAGCACCAACGCGCGCACACCGGGGAGCGGCCCUACGGCUGCCCCGCUUGCGGCAAAACUUUUCGCGGCUGCUCUGAGCUGCGCCAGCACGAGCGCUUGCACUCGGGCGAGAAACCCUACAUCUGCCGCGACUGCGGCAAGGCCUUCGUGCGCAACUGCAGCCUGGUGCGUCACCUGCGCACGCACACGGGCGAGCGGCCCUACGCGUGCUGCGUAUGCGGCCGCGCCUUCAGCCAGCGCUCCAACCUCAGCGAGCACCAGAAGCGGCACGCGGGCCCUGCUGCACCCUGACCCGCUUGGGAGGAUGGGUGGGUGGGUGCAGGCAGGAGGCUACGGCGCCAGCAUAGAGCGUCCAGCUGUGCCCUGCAGGGUGAGGAGGGGCCAGCCUCCCGAAAACCUCACAAACCACAAACGUUUGUAAUCGUUAUUAAACCUCAUGUUGUACACAUGGCAUCCACAGGUUUCCUGCCUGUGGCUCCUGCUCCAGAACUGUAUUUGACCCCUUUCCACCGGAGGCUCAGCAUGGGAUCUAGAUGAAGCAAUGAUAAUAUUGUAUAUGGAGCGCUGACUUAGCCCAGUGCGACGGGCAGCGGCCAGGUGGUGGCUGAGAGGAGCUAAGCUGACAUUUUCCCUCCGUCGUGGCCCUAGUGCAAAUGUGCCCACCCGAUGACGUCAGCAUCAUCACAGGAGCUGUCCACCAAUCCUGAUGGACCACCCUCCUGAACACGUCCUGAAGAAGAGCCCACCCCUACUCUGUUUCCUCCCCAAAUAAACCCUUGUGCCUACA